CAACCCAAGUCAACACAAAUCAACCCUGUUCAAGGAUGGCGGCGUUUCGGGGACUGCAAAUCCCAGCUCUACUCCCCGUCCUCGUGCAGUAAAAAUGACAACAGUAAUACCAGUAAAUACCAGUUAACACCAGAAAUACCAGUAAUAAGACCAGUAAGACAGAAAUUAUCCCCGUCACUACCGGUCACUACUGUCAAGUGCGUCAAGUCCGUCAAAGUACGCCCCCUAACCACUCUAUCCACCCCAUCCACUCCUUCCACUCUAUCCACCUCAAGCAUCCCUUCUAAGAUCUCGUAAUACUCUAAAUCCCACCCCGUCUACCCGUCCCCUACCGUCCUCAGCCUCACACAAAAACAAACCAAACACACACACAGAAACACACAGACACGGACACACACACACAUCCUAAGACGAAGAGAAAGUCAUUUCCACAUCGGGCGAUUGAUUCCACAUCUUUGUAACCACCCAACUACCCAACUACCGAACCCUCCUUCCCUAUAAAGUCGCCUCUCCGUCCCUCUCAUGCGCCCCCCUUCCUGGCUCAACGCUGUCGCUCGAACUACGCCAUCAUCAUCGUCGUCCUCCUCCUACAUCCCCCUCAGAACCAGCGCUCCUCGCUCCUCCCUCCACAGACCGCAAACCCACGCCGCAGCAGUACUCGCAAAGCCCAUGCCUACGCCAUCUUUCCUAGGCAGCCUGUUCAGCUCCAAAAAAUCAACGACUCCCAAGAUGACUUUCCCGGUUCAGAAAUCGAAUGACGAGUGGCAAGCUGUGCUCAGCAAAGAACAAUUCCGCAUCCUCCGUCAAAAAGGCACCGAGCCCCCCGGAACCGGCAAAUACGACACCCACACCCCCAGCUCCGGGACCUACACCUGCGCCGGCUGUUCCGCGCCCCUCUACACGGCCUCUCACAAGUUCGCCUCCGGCUGCGGCUGGCCCGCGUACUUCGACAGCAUCCCGGGCGCGGUCGAGAGACGCGCGGAUAGGUCGAUGGGCGCGACGAGGACGGAGAUCAUAUGUGCGAAUUGUGGAGGGCAUUUGGGUCAUGUGUUUAAGGGGGAGGGGUAUGAGACGCCGACGGAUGAGAGGCAUUGUGUUAAUAGUGUGAGUUUGAAUUUCUCGGAGAAGGAGGUGGAGAUGGAGGAGAGGAAGUCGGUGGAUAGUAAGGUGUAGGAAAUUUGGGAAAGGGG